AUGAGUUUCUUUGACCACCAAGGAAUUCCUGAGGCCCUUCUUCGAGAUCCCUGCACACAGGAGAAUGCUCAGCCGAGGGACGGCGAUGAUGCAGAUGACAGCGUUGACCAUCCCGAUACUGUGUCAUCCUUUGCGGCAAUGAUCGAUUGGCAGACUGAAAACUUGGACAUUGAUGUGCCAGUAGCCAAUGGUGCUGUGUCGCCGUUCAAGAAACAGGCAAUUUUAAUCACGAUUGGCGUAGGGUUUGAGAAACAAUCAAAGAGUGUAAGAACCCGACACCGGUUUUGCCCUCGAUUGUAUAGACCGUUAUCCGACGCUCAAUACAGCGCUGGUUUCGAUAUCUUGAUACAUGGUCCAGGAGGGACUACGUACGAGGAAUUCAUCAUCCCGCAACUUAUGGAGCAGCUAUUUCCUCUUUUUCACUCGGGACGCCAUAUCUCGGUGCUUGAAAUCGGACCUGGCCUGCGGAGUUUCCCCCCGGAGCGGGUUGCUUCAGGGUGCAAAUACUCCGUCUGGGUGUAA